GUGGUUUCCACGGGGAACUAUCCACGCGGGUCCAGGUCGAGAUCGCUUCCCCGUCAGAGGCGCUCGACGUGAGCCUCUCCGCCACGCUCUGAAGACGCGAGCCCCCUCGGCCGCCACCGCCGCGCCCUGGCUCCUACCACCCUGCUGUGAAAAGAGUUUGGUGAUGUCAUUGUUUGGUAAGGGGAAGAAACGGAAUCUUGAUCGGGUUUGAGAGGAUGAGUGGUGUUGUCCCCGAGUUUGCAUGCCGGAAGCGGCUGAGAAGCUGCGACAAUGCCAAGAAGAACCUUAAGAGUGAUGACGAUGAGGAUGAGGUGAAGAAUAGGAUGAUACCGGCUGCGUUCUUUGAGAAGGAGAAGAAAAAGAAAAGGCUAAACAAUGCCAAUAGUGAGAAGAAUAGCAAGGUGUCCGCCACAUUGUUUGGGACAGAGAGGAAAAAGGAAAAGCUGAACAAAAUCAACAGCAAGAAGAAGAUGAUGGCUGAUGACCAGGAGAGGGAAGAGAGCAAGGUAAGGAAUGACCACAAUAUGGUAAAGAACAGGAAGGUGUGCACUGCAUUCUUUGAGAAGGAGAAGAAAAGGAAAAGGCUGAAGAAUACCAACAUUGAGAACCUGCAGAGUGAUGACAAUGAAAAGGAGGUGAAAAUGUGUAAUUGUGAUAGUAAAGUGAAGAAUGGGAAGGUAUCGGCAACAUUCUUUGAGAAGGAGAAGAAAAAGAAAAUUUUGGGCAGUGACAAUGCCAAGAAGAAGACGAAUGACAAGAAGAGGAACACACCACUCUCAUUCAGUAAGAAUAAAAUGCAGAACAACGACAGCAAGAAGACUGCACCAAUCAUAUAUGCUGUUAAGGAGAAGAAUAUGAGGCCCAGUCAAAGUACGGAGAUUAAGAUGCGACACAAUGGCAAGCAGAAGAAGAGGAAUGUGCCAUCUGGUAUAUCCAAAGAGAAGAAAAUGCAGACAUUAAGUGACUCUAACUAUCAAAAAAGGAAGAGGGUAGAACCGCACACACUAUUCAAGAAAGAGAAGUGGAUGCAGUUUGAUCAUACUGAUAAGAAGACCCGUACUGAUAAGGUGAAGGAAAAGAAGAUCUGUGGUGACGGCAAGGAAAAGAAGAGGAAGGAGCCCUUCGCAUUCUUCAAGUUCAUAUGCAACAAUUUCGAGGAAUUUCUGUUAAUACCACCUAUGGUCACAUGCAAAUUGGAGAAUUUGACUAAUCAUCAUGUAUAUCUUGAGGAUGCAGAGGGAAAAUGUUCAAAGAUCAGGCUGUCGGUGGUGGAUGGUUACCUUGCUUUUCAUCAGGGAUGGAAUAUGUUUGUUUCAGACCAUUUGAUUAAGUGGGGUGAGUUUCUGUUGUUCGAGUACACUGCCAAGUCAACAUUUUCUGUGCGGGUUUUUGGUAAAGAUUCUCUUGAAAGACUGCAUUUCAAUGUUGAAAGAGAAAGAAAAGGUGUUAAGGAGAAACAUACAUGGAGUAAUAUGUCACCUGAUGAUUUGGUCUCAUUCGAUGGGAACUCAGAAGACAUAGAUGAUGACCACUAUCUUUUUGGUGAAUAUCCUAGGAGAAAAGUGCCUGAAACACAUCAUGUGACUGUUGAAGGCCCUAAAAAUGUUGAGUGUGGGGUUGGGUCUGGACCAGAGGCUCUAGAUAAAAAGAAUGGGAAUUUGGUCAAUCGACAAUGCAAAACAAAGGGUAUAUCUCCACUGCGCAGCCAAGAAAAAACUGUAAUUCUAAUUACGGAUUCAGAACCAUCAACACAUGAAAAUGAGAAUAUAAUGAAGCUAACAGCAUCAGAGGCUGAUUCCGAUACACAUCAUGUGGCUUUUAAUACCAACGAAGACCCUAGAAUACUUCAGAGCGGGGUUGGGAAUGGACCCUCAGUUGUACUAGAUGACAAGAAGGGACCUGAUGCACAGCGUGAAAGCAAGUGUACUUCACCGACAUGCAGCAAAGCUAAAACAAGAAGAUCUGAAAUAACUAAUGCAGCUCCUUCAACGCAUGAAAAUGGUAAAAAAGUGAAACAUGUAUUAGAAUUACAUGAUUCAGAUGAAGAUUUAAGAACAAAACAAGAAAUAAAUUCCAUUCGUUUAGAACCUACUACAUCCAUGGAGAAGUAUUAUAAUAAUAGCAAGAUGAAUAUCAGUCAAAACAUUUGCAGAAAAUAUGAAGCUCAUGGAGGUUUUCUAUGCUUGGAGAAGUGGAGGAAGGGUAUUGUGACUAGUGGUCGAGCAGCUCUCGAUGGCACUGGACUGAUUAAACCUGAAAAUCCACAAAAAACUGAUAGUCAAUUGGUAGGUGAUUACGAUGCAAUUGGACUAAACCCUGUCGACAAGUGCUUUUGGUCUGAGGGCACUCAUGCCUGUGUCCAACCAAUAUUCACCAUGCCCGUCAAAGAACCCUCAAGUCCUGACAGGGUAUCCAUAUGCGGACACGGCGGGACAGAGAUCGACCAUAGUAUCGAUGGAAAAGGUGCUGCUGUUCAACUUCAAACAAAAAAGGAACAAUUGAAAACCGUGGGAAGCAUUGUAAAUAGCCAAAGGAACAAUAUCCCUGCAUGUGCAAACCCUGUUGUUGCGGGUAAUCAUGGUGCAAUAGGGCUAAACCCAGUUGGGUCUGAAGGAACUUGUGCAUUUGUUGAAUCAGUGCUUACCAUGCCCGUUGAGAAAUCCUCGAGUCCUGACAGGAUAUCCAAAUGUGGAAGUAGCAGGACAGAGAUUGAUCAUAAUGCCGAUGGAAAAGGCUCUACUGUUCAACUUGAAACAAAGAUGAAUCAAUUGAAGCCAGUGGGAGGCAUUGUAAGUAGCCAAAGUACCAACAUUCUUGUGUGUGCCAACCAUGUAGUUGCAAGUCAAUCAGAACAUUGUUUCUCCAAACAGAAAGAUAGAAAGUCUACUGAUUGUGUGAUCUCGGUGUCUUUGAUGCCUAUGAAGGCCGAAAUUCUGGAGUUAGAUGAUCGUUCCUUACUAAAGAUCAACUUGCAAUUCUGCAUUCCUAAUACCACUCGGAAAUGGCUUGAGCUACCAAAGUCGCUUUCCAAUGCUCUUAGACAAAGAAGGCAAGAUCAGAACGUUAUAAUGCUGAAGGAUCCCUUGAAGAGAUUAUGGCCAGUUCUUUACCAUGAGAACUCAGUAUUUGUGGGCUUCACCGCAGGCUGGAAACAUUUUGUUGCAGCAAACAACCUUCAGACAGGGGAUCUCUGUGAGCUUUUUAAAGAGCCAGACGAUGAAGAGCCAGUGUACUCUGUUCAGAUCACAAAAAAAUGAGUCUGAUGUGUGCACGGUGUACCAUCUUUUGUAAAAGUUGCAUGGUCCUUGUAUAAAUAUCGGCCUGUUUGGAAUUCUUGGGGUUUAGUUCAAAAUUCGAACCAAAAUUUAAAAUUUCACCUCGUCGGUACUCACUCCUUAAGCAUCAGGAAGCAUGCUUCAGUCAAACAACUCCACGGAGGUGCACCCAAUUUGUGUGAAAAACAGCCAUCCAGUUGGCCAUUUUGACAAGGAUGCAUAUUUUGCCAUUUUGCUGUGUACAUAUAUGUGUGUAGUACCCGCUGUCUGUUGUAGACUGUGAUUGGACUUUCCAUGAUCAACCUCUUAAAGUCAGGCAUGCAGGGACUGCAUCUGCACCUGUUAUAUUAGAUGUUGGAACUAGACCAUGAGUUUGCUGUACUCAUGAAUCUUGAUGCUGCAGUGAUAAGAAAGCGUGUUGACCAUGUUCACUUUUCAUCUUUGCUCCUUGAUCCUGGUAAUAUUUGGACCGCCAUGCCUGAACUGGAGAAGGAUUUGAAUAUAAUGUGCUGGUAAUACUUUUA